UGCGGCCGGUGGGCCGAAGUCGCCCUCCCGCAGGACGCACACAACUGCAUACCCGAGCUGGACAGCGAGACAGCCAUGUUCUCGGUCUACGACGGACACGGAGGAGAAGAAGUUGCCCUGUACUGUGCCAAGUAUCUUCCUGAGAUAAUCAAAGACCAGAAGGCCUACAAGGAAGGCAAAUUGCAAAAGGCCCUGGAAGAUGCUUUCUUAGCCAUAGAUGCCAAGCUGACCACCGAGGAGGUGAUUAAAGAACUCUCUCAGAUGGCUGGGCGACCCCAAGAUGAUGAAGAUGAGAAGGAGAAGGUUGCUGAUGAAGAUGAUGUGGAUAAUGAGGAAGCUGCUCUUCUGCACGAAGAAGCCACAAUGACCAUUGAGGAGCUUCUCACACGUUAUGGACAAAACUGCACCAAGAACCUCAAAAACAAGUCUUUAGCUCCAGCUGGGGAGAACACUGCAGAGGGGACAGGCAAGCAGCAUGAUGGGGAGUCAAAUAUGAAUGGAGAGGCUGACCCAGGGGAGCUUACCGACCACAAGGAGAGGAAGAAUGGGAAGCCAGAUGAAGAAAUCACGGGUAUUUCCUCCACCUCAGACAAAGCCAGCGCUGGAGGCAACAGCCCUGCUCUGCAGAAGCCUGAACUAGGCAAAGGUGACGAGGCCGUCACCUCUUCUACUGGGGAGGCCGGGCCCUCCUGCUCCUCUACGGGAAAGCCCCAGCGCACAACCAAAUCCAAAUUUUUUGAGGACAGUGAGGAUGAGUCAGAUGAGGUUGAGGAAGAGGAGGAAGACAGUGAGGAAUGCAGUGAAGAUGAGGAUGGUUACAGCAGCGAAGAGGCAGAGAACGAAGAUGAUGAAGAUGACACUGAAGAAGCAGAGGAGGAUGAGGAUGAAGAGGAGGAAAUGUUGCUACCAGGCAUGGAGGGGAAAGAGGAGCCCGGCUCUGACAGCGGGACAACCGCUGUCGUGGCCCUGAUCCGGGGCAAGCAGCUGAUCGUGGCCAACGCUGGGGACUCGCGCUGCGUGGUGUCGGAGGGCGGCAAGGCUGUGGACAUGUCGUACGACCACAAGCCGGAGGACGAGGUGGAGCUGGCCAGGAUAAAGAACGCUGGCGGGAAGGUCACCAUGGACGGGCGGGUGAACGGCGGCCUCAACCUCUCGCGAGCGAUCGGUGAGCGGGGCGGGGGGCGGCCGUGCUCGGGCUGCCAGCGGUUUUUAGAUGGAUGA